AUGCGAAGAUCUGCAUUUUUAUCUUUAAAUCAGUUCGUACGCCGAGGUUUGCACUCAUCGACCAUUUUAUUCAGCAAGGGAAAAACUUUGGAGCCUAAGCCUAUUCCCGGAACCAAAGAACACUUAGAACCUAACGCCUGGGCAAAGCGUCUUUUCGAACUGCACGAGAAACGUAACACGAAAACCGUCAAGUAUGCGGACGCAUCUCCUUUACACAUGAUUUGCCGAAUCAAACCAUUAAAAGGAGUUCCUUAUUACGAGCGCGCUUUACUCGAAAAAUUUGGAUUGGGGGAACCCGUCAAGAAAUUCCAUUGGGUUGUGGUUGAAAACAUACCCUCUGUGAACAGCGAACUCAACACCAUCAAACACUUAAUUAGGAUUCAACCUGUGAUAUUCCCCCAAGGCUUACCCUCGGAUGCGGACGAUUUAACUCAGUGUCGCCUGAUGCCUGAUGGUCGUUUUUUAAGAACUCGUGGACAAAACGUUCGCGCCAAAGUUGUUCCUGAUUCGCAGAAUUCCGUUUCCAGUUCGACCUCAACUGCACAUGCUUCGCUAUCAGAUGAUGCUCAGAUAAAGUUUCGUUGGCGUUAUUUAUCUGGCCAGGAGCAGCGCUUGAAAGGUGUACUCUUGUGCUAG